AUGAUUCCACUGGAAGUCAUUGAUGAGGGUGACGAACGUGAUGCAACGAUAAUCUCGGACAGCGCGAGCGACAAUAGCAGCGUCACGAUAGACAAUGACCCGGAUCGUUCAUAUUAUUUGGAGUUCGAGGAUUUGGAGGACCGCCAUGAUCUCCGCGGCCCAACUCCUCAGCCGGUACAGGGGCCACAGGUAGUCGACCUGACUCUCGAACCGGAACACGCAUUCAACGACGGAGACUACCUCACAGAUGCUUGUUUACAGAGACUCCUCAAGGAUUGGAGGCUCUCCGAGCAGUCCACCCCUGAAAUAGAAUCGACAGUUCUGGAGGAGAGACGGACCAUCCCAGAAACGUGCAUAAAUAACAUUGUGUACAAGAUUGGCCAGUCCCUCGAGCUUCACAAUGGAACAUUCCUGAGGGUCAGUUCGAUCCUCGAAGAACCUACCGGAAAGGUCUCAUUUCGGGGCCGUCACCUGCUUAGGGCCCGAAACCACGCAGCCACUUAUAUUCCGAAAGGUCACCAGGGGUCACAAGAGUGGCGAAACGAGCUUGUGUGGAUCGCGAACGAGGCAAUGGACAUUGACUUUGGGCUUGUCAAACGGAUUGUGAACAUCCAUUUUACGAACUACUGCCACGUGAACCAGGAUCCACAAAAGCUCGCCAAGCCGAAUGGGCUUUUCUGCCGUUUGAAGCAGACCCUGGGUCAUGUCGAAGUUUCCAUUGAAUACGUGCCUUUCCAUGAGGCCGAUGAAGGGUUUCGACAGCCGGCUACAUACUUGCGCAAGCUAUGGAGGAGGGAGACGCGAUCUUUUGGGGAGGCCGACUCCAAGGUUGUGGUAGACGAACCAGGCCCAGUCAUUGAUUUGACAGAACCCGAGGAGAACGUGGAGGAUUUGAAACUACGGCAUCAGUAUACGUUUGGCGAUGGGUUUUGCGGUGCUGGAGGCGUCUCCUGUGGUGCCCAGAAAGCCGGCCUAAGCAUCAAAUGGGCCUUCGAUUCGUCGAGGCAUGCCACGGAGACGUACGGUCUCAAUUUCCCGAACGCGAUGUGCGAAACCAGCAAGAUUGAUCAAUUUCUCACUAUUGACGAAGAUUUUUUGAAAGUCGAUGUCAGCCACGGAUCCCCGCCCUGCCAAACGUUUUCUCCGGCGCAUACGAUCGAAAGCCAGAAUGAUGACGACAACUCAGCUUGUAUCUUCUCUGGGAUCAACAUGGUUCAAAAGGCCAAGCCCCGCGUGCAUACGAUCGAGGAGACUAGUGGGCUCCUGGAAAGGCACAAAGACACAUUUCACCGUAUGGUUCUGGAUUUCAUCGAAACGGGCUAUUCGGUGCGGUGGAAGAUUCUGAAUUGUGCAGAGUAUGGAGUUCCCCAGUUGCGGAGACGGCUGGUGAUUAUUGCAUCAGGUCCUGGCGAAACCCUACCGAGGUUCCCGGCGCCUACUUAUAGCCUCCGAGGGUCGGGGUCGUUACAGCCCUUCACAACUAUCAACCAGAUGAUUGCGAACAUUCCUUCGAACGCGCCGGAUCAUGACGUUCAAGGAGCUCAAAGUCGAGGCCUCUUGCGAGCACCAUUCGACCCCAAUCAGCAGGCGCGUACCAUCACCUGCGGUGGCGGAGACAACAAUUACCAUCCAUCCGGCCAAAGACGGUUUACCAACCGGGAGUUCGCUUGUCUCCAGACGUUUCCCUUGAGUUAUCGAUUUGGCCGUCGAGAGGUGCGCCGACAGAUUGGGAACGCGGUUCCACCAGCCCUUGCGCAGGCAGUUUAUGGGGAGAUUAUUCGGUCGUUGCAGCGGACGGAUGAAGAGGAAUUUGGGGACAAUGGGGAUGAGGGGAGAUAG